AUGGUAUUUGGCCUUUUCAGCAAGAAACCUCCGCCUCCGCCCGAGUCGAUCCCUCUCCCUCCUUCACCAUCACCCUCCAAGGCAGACCUUCUACCGCCGCCGGAACCAACUAAGCAGGCUCAGACACAAUUGAGAACACCCUCUCCAUCCGCUGAAUCUGCAUCUGCCGCUCAUGGCGCACCACAAUCUCCGUCGCCUGCCGCGCGAAUGGCGCGCCUUUCCGUCGAUGAACGCGGCCGCCAGGGCUCUCCCACCAGGCAGGCCGGACCGAGUAACUCAGCACAGAUACUGGGGCAACCCGCAUUUGCUCCACCGGAGGCGACGGUAGAGUCCCUCACGACACAUUUAAUGGCUAUCCCCGCAAAGACCCUGCACGCAUAUAUACUCUCCCACAUCCCCCGCGUACCCGAAGUGCUCCUCCCCGCCCUCGCGACAUUCUUCGCUGAACUUUCACCACCUGAGAAGCUGCACUGCCUGCGCUGCCACAAGGAGUACGUCGAGGUCGAGAACGACGAUCGCAGUUGCCUCGUUGCGCAUGACGACGAGAGUGCGGAGGUCGAGCGUGUGGGGCGCGGUGCAAAGGGCGGACGUCCUGCAGGCGAUCCUGGAACGACGUACGAGACGAUAUGGGGCUGUUGCGGAAAGGUGACAGAAGGCGAUGGCGACCAGGGGCCGCCGGAUGGCUGGUGUUAUGAAGGGAAGCACACGACCGACAUCAAGCGCGCCCGCUUCCGCGCAGAUUCCACACCGACAAACGACAAGCUGGUAUCUUGUCUCCGUCUCAACUGCCAUGGCAUCCGUGACCAGCUGCCGCGAGCGUCCCAGCGCAAGCGCAGACGCGAAGUAAACCUCAAGGAAGCCUCCACAGAAGAUGACGACAUGAGCGAGGGUGAGGCGGACAGCGGAGUGGACGAGAUCAUGGGGCGAACGAAGGACAGGAAGGGCAAGGGCAAAGCAAAGGAGAAGCAGAAGAACGACGUGAACGAGCAGAUGGAGGUCGAUGAUAGCGCAAGUCGCGCGGGCAGCAUACGCGGACGGGGCAGAGGACGCCCGCCUAAAUCGGCCACUAACACGCCCUCCGGAGCUGGCGCACCUAAGCGGCGCGGCCGUCCACCGAAGUCCAAGGUGCAGGAGGCGACAGACAUGGAAGGAGCGGAUGCGGAUGUGGACGACACCAUGUCCGUGCGCUCGUCCGUCGCACCUGCAGCAGCGCCGAAGCGAAGGGGCAGGAAGCCUAAGAGCAAGGCCUAUAUCGACGACUCGGACGCGGAGAUGCGCGUGGAGGAUAGCGAGAUGGAGCGCGAGCGGAAUAGGGCGCGGAGAGAGAAGGGCCCGCGAACGCGUAGCCAGAGCAGGACGAGGGGUGCGGAAGUGAAGCCGAAGAGUAAGGCGCGGAAGACGAGGGAUGAGAACAUCAAUGGGACAAAGAGUGCUGAGGAUGAGGAGGACGAGUUGCCGAAGAAGAAACGGAAGACGGCCGCAUGA